GUGAUGUCAUCAAUGAUGUCAUCAGUAAACGUGUUAAACGUUUUUUUCCAGGUUCUGCAGAAACUGGGAAAAGCAGAUGAGACCAAAGAUGAGCAGUUUGAGCAGGUGGUCGUUAACUUCAGGAGACAGGAGACUGAAGGGUCUCGCCUGCAGAGGGAGAUGAAGUCCUACAUGUCUGCUAUCAAAGGAAUGCAACAGGCGUCCAUCAACCUGACCAAGUCCCUGCAUGAAGUCUACGAACCAGACUGGCACGGAAAAGACGACGUCAUGUCCAUCGGGAAGGACUGUGAUGCAUUGUGGGAAGACUUCCAUAACAAACUUGUGGACUCGACACUGCUGAACUUGGACGAGUACCUGCAGUUUUUCCCCGACCUAAAGACUCGAGUUUCAAAGAGAAGUCGUAAACUCAUCGACUACGACAGCGCUCGCCAUCACAUGGAAACUCUUCAGGUGUCUGGGAUGAAGAAUGACAGGAAGAUGAUUAAGGCAGAAGAAGAACUGAAAAAGGCUCAGAAAGUGUUUGAUGAGCUGAACGUGGGUCUGCAGGACGAGCUGCCAACACUCUGGGACAGUCGUGUUGGAUUCUACAUCGGCACCUUUAAAAGUGUCACGAGUCUGGAGGCAAAGUUUCACAGAGAGAUUUCUCUGGUGUGCAGGCAGCUGUACGAGGUCAUGACUAAACUGGCAGAGCAGCACUCGGACAAAAUGUUCACCAUCCAAGGAGCACCGAGUGAUUCAGGGCCGUUAAGACUUGAAAGAACUCCAUCGCCACCAGAAGACGAGUCUCCACUGGAGAGUCCUGAUGUGUCCUCCAAUCACAUGCUGCGUCCUGUCUCACCUGGACCACCAAGACCCAAGUCUCCCACACAGUUUAAAAAGGGACCACCGGUGCCGCCUCCUCCUCCAAAGGCCACCCCCACCAAGGAAGUAGCCGAGGAGCAGAUCAUCGAUCUGUUUGGAGGAGAGUUUUUCGCAGCACCUUCAGCAUCUCAGCCCAACGAAAGACCUGGAGAAUCUCUUCUGGACUUGGACUUCGAUGCUUUUCAGUCGGAUGAAAGUGUUUCUCCAAUACCUCAGACUGACGUUCCCUGGGAUAUGUGGACGGCAAACUCUCAAACAGCUCAGCCUUCUGCCGACGCUGGUUUUGUUGCUGACUGGUCUGCAGACUUUGGUUCAAUGUCAACAAAUGGAGACACUUGGACAGCUGAAGCUCCUGUUUUGCCCGCUGAAGGACCAGUGGACACACAGGGCGGGGCACAGGCAGACUGGUUUCCGGGUGGAGACAUCGCUUUAUCUCCUCAGGACAGUGAAGUGACCACAGCAGAAACCAGGUCAGCACUCACUCCUUCAUCCUCCUGCAGCUGGGACAGGGACAGGGACAGGGACUGGGCGGCAAAGUUCAGAGGACACAAGAGAGAAGUGGUCUCUCCAGAUGGUUCUGGGUCUGAAUAUGAGACUGCUGAGGAGUGGGAGACCAGGAGGGAGGUGGUGGUCAGGGGAGGCUGUUUUGCUGAAACACAGGGAGAGGGUGCGUUUGAUUUAGAUCCUUUUGCUGAAACACAGGGAGAGGGUGCGUUUGAUUCAGAUCCUUUUGCUGAAACACAGGGAGAGGGUGCAUUUGAUGUCAGUCCCUUUAAUAAAACACUGUCUGGAACCAAAGGCAAUGGAUUUGAAUGUGAUCCAUUUGGUGAGAAGUCUUGGGCAGGUGGCGUCAUGGUUACAGGACACAGGAGAGGGUGGGAUUCAAAUUCUUCUGCUCGCAGCUUCCACACCCCCUCUUCAGGGAUCGGUGGCCCCGCCCCCUUGUCCACAUGUGGAGCACCAGAAGGAAAUAAAGACGUAAACGUGAUCAGAAUUCACAAAGAACCAGAAAACUCAGACAUGUCUGAAGACGAAGCUGCAAACCGGAGAUUUGAAAAAUUGUACCAAGAGCUAGAGCGAGAGAAAGACGAGGAAUCACCUGCUCCAGAAUUGCAUGCUGCCUUUGAUGAGAAGAAUGAAGAUGCUGAAUCAACUGAGGCUGCAGAAGAAACAUCUGCUGCCACGACACAGGAGUUAGACGAACCUCCAACGGUAACUGCUGGAGAACAACAUGCAACGCCCCCUGCUGGUGAGGCGGAGGAACCUGCUCUUCCUUGUGCCAAGAACGUACCAGAACAUGUUCAGAGUCCAAGGGAUGAAAAACCUGCUUCCAUAGAUGAAUCUCCAGCUUCUGAAACAGUAGAUUCUGUGCAGGAGAACAUGUCCAUCCCCUCUGUGGUGAUUGAACCUGCAUCCAGUAAUGAAGGUGAUGAUGAUCGUGACGCUGACAUCAUCUCUCCCACCGUCACCAGUGAUCACCAUGACAACGUCCAACACAUGAGUCCAUCAGACUUUCUCUACAAGGUAGAGACACUGCACGACUUUGAAGCAGCAAAUCCAGACGAGCUUGAGUUGAAGAGAGGUGACGUGGUUCUCGUGGUUCCUACAGCGUCGGUGGAGGAUCAGGAUGCUGGUUGGCUCACAGGCAUCAAAGAAAGUGAGUGGUUAACUGUCGGAGCUGCUGCUCAUAAAGGACUUUUCCCAGAAAACUUUACUCAGCGUUUGGAGUGAAAACAAAAACGUGAAGCCGUUGUUUUGUUGUUCUAAAACAUUAAUGUCCUCCUACAGUAGAAUUUGUCUAGUAGAUUAAAGUCAAAGUAAAUGAUAUCAAAAUGAAAGCAUGUUGUGAUAAUAAAAAUACGAAAUGUCUCAUUUGAUAUUUUGAAUUGUCUCCAAAAACAAACUGGAAACCUUAGUGUUGUGAUUUAUUCAAAUGUAUUCAGUGUAAAGUAACACGUCAUUGCUGUUGAAUCACAUUUAUUGUAUUAUUGUAACAUGGCUGUGUGUGUGAGAGUUUAUUUGUGAGAGUUUUGAGAGAACUGAAUUUAUUGUUGAUUUCUGACCAAACCAGCAUGAAAAUGUUAAUUCUUUUAUUAAAGUAAUGCAAUAAACAGAUAAAUAUCACAGUAGAAAAAAAGGUUAUAUUAUGUGUAAGUAACAAAUAAAGAACGUGGAACAAAAAGAAAUUAUUAAUUAUGUACAACUGUGAGAUUAAAGAGAUAUUAGCAUUAGCAUUAGUUUUGAAUCAUCCCUGAUUCAGACCACAUGGGAUUAAAGUGUGAAUAUCCAUC